UAUAUUGUCAAUCUUUCUCUCUCUCUCUUUCUGUCUGUCUCUGUUUCUUUUUCUUGAAAGAAAACAAAUCAUCCAAGAUGGCCACACCGCGUCGGCAGUUAUUUACUCUGUUGAUCAUUUCAACUAUUUUACUACAAUUUGUUGUGGAAUUUUGUGAUGCAAGAAGAAGCAGUUCCACCAGAAUAUCUUAUGCCAGAAGAUCUACAAGGAGAUAUUCUAGAACUAGUUUAUCAAGAAGUACACUCCGAACAAAAUAUGGUCGGUCAAUUUCUUUUACCCGAAACAAGAUAUCAUCAAUUGGUUGGAAACAAGCACUAGUAGCCGGUGGUUUGUUGUACAUAGGUUCUCGGAUGUACAUGAGUCGUCGUAUGUACUAUACACACCCUUCCCGAAGACCAACCAUUUGUUCCAACUAUGUUGAUGCUGAUGAAAAUGGUACAGUCUAUAAGAUGUUUAUAUGCCCUAGACAUUACGAAAGUGACAGUCUUACUCACUGUUGUGGACCAGAAGGACAACAGAGAUGCUGUGCUGCAACUAAAACUACUGGUGGUAUUGUUGGUAUUGUGAUUGGUGUCAUCAUCACUGUAGCAAUCAUUUCUGCUAUCAUCUACUGUAUAUGUCGGAAGAAGAAGAAACAAAGAGGACAUGUCAUUGAUAAGGAUGGUGAAGGACAGGAAGUUAUAAUGGGACCACCCCCAGUUCCAAUGCCACCACAUCAACCUGGGCCUAUGCCUAUGGGUUAUCCUCCACAUCCAGGAAUGAUGCCUCCCCCUGUGAUGGAUCCCAACCAAGCACAAUAUCCAAUGAAUUAUGGCUCUACAUAUGGCCAACCUUCAUGUCCACCGCCACCAGCAGGUUAUCCAUAUCCAGCACCACAUCCAGGAGAACCUGUACCAGGAUCAGUCCCUCCACCCUAUGCACAGCCCAUUCCCAGUGCACCACAUAUGCCGCCACCAGGUAUGCCACCUGCUAUGCCACCACAACAACCGCCACCACCAGGCUUCUACUCACAAGGACCUCCUCCUCCACAUCCACCACCUCCCUAUUCCAUGCCUUGAACUGUUUUAUUUCUUUCGUCUGUCUUCAUAAAAUGAUGAUGCUUUUUACUACUACAAUUACUACUACUACUCCAAUGAAGGCUGAUUAUUAUUAUUAUUAUUAUCAUUAUAAUAAUACUCAUAAGUAUCACCACUCUUAUAAAUUCGUUAGAUAAGAAAAGCUGACAUAACAAGUGCAUGUUCAACUUCUUUACAUCCAGAAAUUCAUUUCACACAAGGAAGAUCCUUGCCUAGAAUCAAACAUAGAAUCUGAUCAUGAACUCAUAUUCAGCAACAUUCACUGAAAAAAAAAAAGAAAAGCUAUAUAUUCCCUCAAAAUCUCCAUGAAAUAUCAACAGAUUUCUCUAUAUACCACUCUGGCCCUAGUGGAAGA